AUGCCACGUCCGCCUUCGGAUGACGGCUACGACUCGGACUCUGGUUCCGAGUUCGAGGCCUCUGAUGUUCAGCUUGGUCUGGCAGAUGGGACGCUCGAAGGCGAUGACGAGACAAAUCCGCUCGUCUCUCGUAUCGGUGGUCGGGCCGCAUGGCUUCCGAUGAAGUCAAACCCGACUCAGGAGGUUGCUCAAUGCUCCUCGUGCAAGCAGCAGAUGCAGCUUCUCGUGCAGAUCUUUGCGCCCCUUGUCGAAUCUCCCUACGACCGAUGUCUCAUGGUUUGGGGUUGCGCAAGGCCAGCGUGUCAGCGCAAGGAAGUUUCGUCGCUGCGCGUGAUUCGUACGCUCAAAUUCAACUCCCGCUGGGCGGCCAAGCUGGAAAAGCAGAAAGCCAAGCGUCUCGCCCGCGAGCAAGCCAAGAAGGAGCGCGAUGCUGCAGCCGCCAAAGCUAAGCAGGAGCAAGAGGAAAGAGCGAAAAUCAACCCCUUCUCUGCUCCAGCUGGCGGCGCCAAUGCUGGCCUGGGAGGUAUGCUCUUUGGGGGAGGAUCCGAUAACCCUUUUGCUGCUUCUGCUCCUACAACCGCAGCAGAAUUGCCAGCGAAGGAGGCCGAUUCCGACUCCGACUCUGAAGACGAUGGCGACGACUCAGAAGACGGAGAAGAGUCGGAAAGCGAGCGACUCGCCGAAGAGCUUGCCCUCAAAUCCGAUCUUGCUGCAGCACAACCCACCGCUGAAUCCGCUUGGGUGGAGUCGAGCACCCGAUACCCACCCCUCUACCUCAACACGGUCCCAGAGCCUUCCUCGUCGUCGAGGUCCAAAAAGCUCUCCAAGGAGGAAGCAGCGAUGCUGAAAUCCGCUUCCGCCUCCGGUGCGCUCGCUCAGAAUGAUGUUGACGAUGCUGACCUCAAAGGCUUUGCUAAGGAGGGAUAUGAAAAGAUGCUGCUCGACGGCAUCGACGAUACAUUCGAGCGCUUCCUCAAGCGGGUCUCUGUGGAACCGCGACAAGCUGUGCGAUACGAGUUUGGCGGCGAACCUAUCGCAUUCCAUGCCAAGGGCAAGAUCUACGAUCUCCUGUGGCCCAAGGACGCCAAGGUCAAAGCGGGCGAGCGUGUGACUGUCACAAAGAGCCAGUUCAAGAGCGGUGCGCACGCCAGCGCCGGUGAACGCUCGUUUAGCGCACGAGCCGUGCCCCCCUGCCCGCACUGCGGAAGCGAACGAGUGUUCGAAGCGCAACUCAUGCCGAACCUCAUUAACCUGCUCAAGGCGGAUCAGAUCCAGACCGCAGAUGGCUCGCUCGACACCGACGCACACAUCAACACCACCUCUACUGCCGCACAGGACGAGGAAGCCAAACGCAAAGCAGCCAUCGAACAGGCUCUCGGUCGACGUCUGCCCACCACCGCCACCGCCACCGCCGGCGCCGAGGCGGCAUUCGACGCACGAUCGGGCUUGGUGUGGAGCACCGCGUUUGUGUUUGUCUGUUCCAAGGACUGCUGUGGCCCCACGAGCGAGGGGCAGGAGUGUUGGCAGGAGGAAGUCAUCUUGGCCCAGUUCGAAGAUGAGCAGUAA